GGCGCGCCGCCUACCGCGGGUAUAUAAGACGCGGCGCGGGCGGCCCGCGGAGUUUCUCCCGACACCGCCGCUCUGCCCCGUCCGUCGCCGCACGGCCCGCAACACCUCGCUACAGUACCGCGCUCUUCUGCAGGCACGAGGAUGAGGGUGCUCCUGCUGGUGGUGGCGCUGGCGGCGUUCGCGCGCGCACAGGUGGGCGAGGAGUUCGACGAGGAACUGGAGGAGGAGCGAGGCAAGCGGCAGACGUUCGCGCCCCGUGGCGUCACGCAGAUACCCAAGGGGGUGCCGCUGCCGCAGCAGCUGCGCUUCCCGCCGCCACAGGCGUUCCGGCAAGCGGCGCCGGUGGACGAGGAGGACGAGCUGAGCCGCAACAUCGUGACGCCGACGCCGCAGCCGGUGUACCGCCGUCCGCCGUCGCCGCCCCCGCAGGACUCGCAGCGCGACUAUUCCAUACAGAGGCCGCAGCCGCAGUCGCCCAACGCCGUGCGCAGGCCGGGGCCGCCGCCGCCGCCCGGAAAGGGACAGCCUCUGGAUGAGGAGGAGCUGGAGGAGGAGAAGCCCGACAGACUGAGCCUGCUGCUGCCGCAGUCCAAGUUCGACUGCAACAACAAGAAGACCGGCUACUACGCCGACGAGGGGCUCAACUGCGAGGUCUUCCACUACUGCCAGGACAACGCGCGACACUCCUGGAUCUGCCCCGAGGGCUUCCUCUUCCACCAGGUGCACCUGAUCUGCAUGCCGCCGAGCAGCGAGACCAUCUGCAAGCAGUCGUCGCAGUUCCACUUCGUCAACGACUACCUGUACCGGCCCAUCAACGCGGAGGAGGUGCAGAACAAGCCGAACGUGACUCUGCGCUACUCUGACCGCUACUACCCGGACAAUUUCUACGAGGAGGAGAGUCUGCACCAGCAGCCGGCGCCCAUCCGCGGGUCUGCCGCGCCGCCCCCGCCACCCCCGGCCGCCGCCCCCGUGCUGCGCGGCCGCCCCCAGGUGCCGCAGUUCCGCCCCCAGCCGGCCCCUCACCAGGUCUUCCACUCGCCCGAGGAGGUCAACAUCCCGCUGCAGCAGCGCAGGCCCUCGGGCCCGCCCCCAGCACCCGUCAGGGGCGGCUUCGGCCCCCAGCACGAUGACGAGUACGAAUACGACGAUCUGCCCUUCCGCCAGGGCUAGAAGCGCCCUGCUGUCACAGCCAGGAUGCGACUUCGCGUCCCGAACUGGACUUGAGAAGGCAGGCAGACUGUUUCCCGUGCAGUCGGCAUCGACGGACACUGUGGAAUGCCUUUGUGCGUGUAUGUAGUUACAUGCGGAACUCUCCAAACCAAUCGAUUCUCCCCCGAGAUACCGCGGCAGUUCUCGCGAAUCUCACAUACCAAGUCGACUCAUUCAAUCAGCUCUUGUUAUGUAAUUUACAAACUUCCCCCCUCGCUCUUGACUGAUUCUCUUAUAUGCAGUCGCAGAGCAGCUUCCUCCUUAAACGUAACAAUACUGACGACCCAUUCCUGGAAAUAUUAUCAUUUUCGUUAUGUAUACUCUAAUUGCCAUAUCUACAUCUGCACGAUUAUUCUGCAACUCCCUCUUAAGUGUUACCCAGAGGGUGCGUGGAGCCGCUUUCAUAUUAUUUCUCUACUUCUCCACUCGCGAAUAGCACGUGGGUGAAAAUGCAUGCCUAAACCUUUUUGUAUGGACUACAGUUUAUUUCAUUUUGUCACGACGUAGAUGGGAGUCAACAAAAUAUUUUGUCAUUCAGAGGAGAAAUUUGUCGAUUGUAGCUUCGUAAAAAAAUUUCGUCGGAACUAAAAAUGUUUGUGCUUUAAUGACUGCCAUCCCGACGUGCUUAAUAUAUCCGUGACACUCUCGCCACUAUUUGGCGAUUAUACAAAACGAUCUGCCCUUCUUUGAACAUACUGGAUGUCCUUCGUCAAUGACCCAACUGGAUGAAUAUGCGAGCUCUUCCGUUACUCUUUACCCGAAAAAAUGUGUUUAAGAAUUGAAAAAAAAAGUUUGUUUGGAUAUCCUACUGAAAUUUAUUUACGUUAGCGAUCCCUUUUCACAAAACAAAACUUUUCACUCGUAACAAAAUAGAUAGAUGAUUCAGUUUACCACUUUCAAGCAAACAGUUUGCGUCAAAAUCAAGAACUCAGUAUUUCUUUCCUUAUCUACUGUACAUUACAGUACGUCGACAGUUUGGGAAAGGGUUCACUUCAGAAGUACCUCCAAAUAAUCUAUAGUUGGUGCAAAAUAUUUUUAGGUAUCCAUCAUUUCUCCAGCAAAUUUCACUUAGGUCACCUACAAUUGUUUUUAAUCGUUAACAAAUAGGUGGAAACAUAGUCCAUCAGAUACUAAAACGCAGCAUACCAUUCUCAUUAUGAGUUUUGGAGGAAGUUACUCUGCUCUGCUGAGUCCCGCCCAUUAUGUCGCCUGGGCGCUCCGGUACACCAUUUUCAACGUUAACAGCUGUUUAACAUCUACUGUACAAAUUAAUUUAUUGGUACUUAGAGUUAAGCUAUGUGUGUAUGUAUGUGUGCCCUUGUAUUUCUCAGAACUUCAUCGUUAAUCCUUACCUGUAUCAUCGUGAUCCCCAUUAAUUUAUCCCCUGUGAUUUUACUCUUAAGAAUGUUCACGUAUGUACUCGUGCUUUAGUUAAAUAAAAGCAUGGUGCCUAUAA